AUGAGCUCGACACCGUCCAAUCUGGGCAAGUCCCUCUCAGCAUCGACUUCCCAUUCGCCUUCAGUCCAACCCGGCCCCGUCACUACGAGCUUCGAAUCCAACCGUCGACCUUCUCAAGCCAGUCCCUCGUUUCCUCACGCUACCCCACGGAAGAACCAGGGCUCCCGAAAACAACACAAGAUGCAGCGGCGACCGGGGCUGGGAGAUAUCAGACAACAUUCGAAUCCGGACGACGACGACGCCAUGGCCGAGGCCAGGGCUCUGCGAAACGCCUCCAGCCGACGAGGUCAAACCUCCAUCACACACCUGCUCAACUACAGCUUGCCACCACGAGCUUACGCCGACCAUAGCUCGUACGCCAGAAACUACAGGCGAAAUCCGACGUGGGGCCCCGGCUCAGGCCACCACGCUGUGGACAAGGCGAGAUACGUGCAUGCGAAUUACAGAUUCGUUGUGUCGCCGGAAGGCAAUUACGCCAGCCAAGCAGCCGAUGCCGAUGUGCACAUCGACUGGAACAACGUUUUACAGAUUCUGGCUUCGUCGGAAUCGCAGGGCGCCAGCUGUCCGAUCUGCCUAUCGGAGCCGGUGGCGCCGAGGAUGGCAAAGUGCGGACACAUCUUUUGCCUGCCCUGUCUGAUCCGGUUCAUGAACUCGACAGACGACGACUCGAAGCCUGGAAAGGGCGCCAGAUGGAAGAAGUGCCCCCUCUGCGAAGACAGCGUCUACCUACACGAGACACGGCCCGUGCGGUUCUAUGCGGGACAGGAGAGCCCCUUGCCGCGUGUUGGAGACGACGUGGUGCUCCGAUUGAUGGCCCGAACAGCCAAGUCGACCCUCGCGCUGCCGUGGGAGAACGGCUCGGAUGCCCUCAAUGUGGCGGAUGAUGUACCUUGGCAUUUUGCAGCCAAUGUUUUGGAUUAUGCCAGGAUCAUGAAGGGAACCGGAGACUACAUGGCGGAACAGUACAACGAAGAGAUCGAGGCGCUGCAGAAGCAGGGGACCGAAGACCAGCUGCUGUACCACGAGGAUGACGAAUGGACCCAGAAGGCCAUACGGGCCAUCAACGCGGCCAAGGAGAAGGUCCAAGAUCUCGGCAAGACCGACUCGAUGCUGCCGAACAAGAAGCCGGGCCAGAGCAAAACUGUCCAGCCCGACUUUUACUUCUACUCGUCACAGCCACAUCUGUACCUGUCGGCGCUCGACAUCAGAAUCCUCAAGACCAAGUACGGCGACUUUUCGGCGUUCCCAACGACGUUGUUGCCCCGGGUUGAGCACAUAUCGACCGGCCAUGUGUUGGACGAAGUGCAGCGGAAGCGAGCCAAGUACUUGGGGCAUCUUCCUUACGGAUGCCGCAUUAGCUUCCUUGAAUGUGACUGGACGGACAUCGUACCGGCUGAUGUUCUCGACAAAUUCGCCGACGAGAUUGGCCGGCGCAGGAAGCGGAAUCGCGAUAAGGCCGUACAGGAGGAACGCGAGAGGCUUCAAUCCGAAAGGAUUGAGGCUGCCCAAUUCAAGAGCACCGCCGCCAUGAGACGCGAGUACGGACCCAUCGAGGAGGAGCAGGUCCCUGCGUUGAACCUGGAGGAAUUCCAGCCACUUGCAAGCCAUGCCGGCGCUACGCCGCCAGACCCCCGUCCAGGCUUCGAGCACUUAGCCUCCAUCUCGACCAGCCCCUCCACGCAGAAGACUGUGUGGGGCACGCAUGUCGUGCAUGGAUCGCCAGAGCUUGCUCCAGCCUCGCUCCGUCAAGUUGACGAUGGGUGGUUAAAGGAGGAGGAUUUCAUCGAUGCCGCCGAGCUGUCUUUCCAGAUGGAGGCGCUUGGCGUGAUGGAGCCAGGACCUUCGAGCAGUAGCACUCCUGUGGCAGCAGGUGCUGGCGGCGGCGGCGGCGGUAUUGGUGGAGGCGGCAAGGGGAAGAAGAAGAAGCAGAAGAUCACGCUCAUGAGCACCGGCGGACGUAGACAGGGCUAG